AAAUUUUACGGGCCUGCCAUUUUUGUUAGGGAUGGAAUAGGUUCGAGCGAAAGAGUAGGGCAGACAGACCGCCAACACUAGUGGAAAGCCGUAGAUCAAAGAGAACAAGAAUUCUAUAAUUUUCAGCUUUAUGUCAGUGCGAUUUUAUUGGGCAUGAAUUUGAGUUUUUGAAAUUUCACUAGAAAAGCUUGAUAGGAAUUAAGAAACACUAAUUUGCAUUUAGAGAACUAAGAAUUCCGAGGAAGAAAGAAAUAGAAGGCUUUGAAGUAUAUUGAUAAAUUUUUCAAAGGAAAGAGUGCUGAACAGAUGGACUUGAAAUCAAGAGGAAAGAGUAAAAAAGUCCACCAUGGUGGUCCACUAGGGAGUGAGAGUAAGGUUGAUGGGAAGGGCAAGACAGCUGUAAACUCAGGUUGGACAAGGAAAAGAAUAUUUGCUGAUCAAUAUGUUGAUGGAGAAUUAUCAUCCAACAUAAAAAGUAAAGACUUGUCUAAGAAAGGAAAAAGGCAGAUGAAUGAUAAUACCAUUAAAAGGAAAAAUAGCAAAGGACCUCCCCGCUCGAUUUGGGUUUCUGAUAGAAUGAAGAAUGCUACUUUGGAAAAAAAACAUCCUUCUUUUGAUGUUAUAGAUGCAACGGAAAGUGCACAGGUGUCCAGUGGUAAACGGAGUGCCAGGGCGAAGGAAGAGGGUAAAGUGGGUGUUAACAAGUAUGAUUUACCGAAGAAACAAUCCAAAAGCAAAUUGGACUCAAGUAAGCGCUUGGUUCAAAUUCAAACCAAGCAUCCUAUUAUACCUAAUUUGACAUCUUCAAAGAAAACAGUUCAGAACAAACAAAGCAUUGCCAAUGGUGAUUCAGACAUAGAUGGCCAGCCCAAGAAGAAAAAGCGUGUAAUUCGGUUAGAUCCACAUGACAUCUCAAAUAAACGGCUAGAUGAUGGAAUAGUUACCAAUGAGAGUGUGCAAAAGAAGAAAAAAGAAUCUGAGACAGAAGCUGAAAUGUCAAAGAAUGCACAAUUCCGUGCGAUAAAACCUAGCCCUUCCAUGCUUUCCUUUGUGGAAGAUAAUUUUAUAGGCCGUAGACGAUUGAUUGAGCUAAAAAGGGCAGGCUACAACAUUGAGUUAUCUGCCCCAUUAGAUAACAUUCCUUUCUGUACAAGCUGUGAGAGAGAACGGAUUGAAGAAAAUAUUUUUAGGAACAAAUUGACAUUUUUUGCUGCUGCAAAAGUUUCAUCUUCGUUCCCUCCUCCUGAUCUUCCAGAGAUUGCAUUUGCAGGAAGGUCAAAUGUUGGGAAGUCAUCACUACUAAAUGCACUCACUAGACAAUGGGGUGUUGUACGUACAUCAGACAAGCCUGGCCUGACUCAGACUAUUAAUUUCUUCAAGCUGGGGUCAAAGGUCAGUUUGGUUGAUUUGCCUGGAUAUGGAUUUGCAUAUGCAAAAGAAGAAGUUAAAGAUGCUUGGGAGGAGCUUGUGAAGGAGUAUGUUUCCACCAGAGUGAGUUUAAAACGAGUAUGUCUUCUUAUUGACACAAAAUGGGGUAUGAAGCCAAGAGACCAUGAACUCAUUGAUUUAAUGGAAAGAUCUCAGACCAAAUAUCAGAUUGUAUUGACCAAGACAGAUGUAAUAUUUCCAAUUGAUGUGGCACGCCGUGCAAUGCAAAUUGAAGAGAGCCUCAAGGCAAACAAGUCUAUAGUUCAACCUGUGAUGAUGGUAAGCUCAAAAUCUGGAGCUGGUAUCCGAAGUUUAAGAACAGUGCUUUCCAAGAUUGCUCGGUUUGCCAAGCUCUAAUUCAUGGUCAGGUUUGUACUUCAUGGGUAAAGCCUGUUGUAUAAUUUGGAGAAUCUUUAUUCAUGGAGCGAGCCUUGCACCCAUGCAAAUCAAUUGAUCUGGCAUAUCUUUCUCUCACCCAACAAGUCUUGUUUAACCUGUUUGUAAUGGCUCAUGCUCAAACUAGGUUGUCAUUGAGUUCAUAGUUAUGCCUUUAAUAUCAUUUUAAUAUGGACUAGUCAGUUUAUAUGGUGGUUCCUACUCGACUUCUUAUUUCUGCCUUUUCCCUUAGUAACUCAUGGCUGGGCAAUUAUCAUUUGAUCCAUGCAGGAUGUGGCUUAUUGUUUAUGUAAAUGUUCUAGGAUUGGCAUGACUGAACUGAAAGCAAAAAUUUCAUUGGAUGGUUUGACGCUG